AUGGAUGUUCCAUAUAUCGGAGACAGACUCCUGAUCUUCACCAGCGUCUUUGCUGGUAUCCAGAUCUUUUUCGUCGCUCUCCGGUUAAUGACUCGAGUACAGAACCCCAAGACUUGGGGCUGGGAUGAUGUUGUCAUUCUGGUCUCGCUCGCCGGACAAUUGGCGACUGCUGGGACAACCAUUGGUUACGUCAAAUGCGCCUUGAUUGGCUAUCACCAAGACUACAUAAACACCAACUUUCCUGAAAAAAUAGUCAUCGGACUCAAAUACCUCUUCGCAAUCCAGAUCCUAUACAACAUUUUUAUGAACGUCCCCAAAUUCGCCAUUUUGCUACUCUACAAUCGCGUCUUCCCGCCUCCCUUGCGAAUCAACAUGUUCGUUCGCGUGAUGAUGGCGUUUUUGAUCUUGCAGACGAUAGCAAACACGCUUGCGGAAUUCCUGAUCUGCGGAGCCCAUUUUGCGAAUUUCGAUAAUUAUGUGCGGAGUACUUGUCUCAGUAGAGAGGCGUUUUAUGUCUGGGGCACGUUUCCGAAUAUCAUCAGUGAUGUGGUCAUCCUGGUGCUUCCGAUGACAAUUAUCCUGCGGAUGCAUAUGGAGACUCGGAUGAAGCUUGGGUUGGCAGUGACGUUUUUGGUGGGAAGUCUUGGUCUCACAACCUCAAUCCUGCGCUUCGCAUGGUUCUACCAAGACAUCGCAAUGACGGACUACAGCUGGAACGCUGUCAACCUCAUGAUAAUCACCCAAGCAGAGACAGGCACUUACCUGAUCUGCGCCUGCCUCCCAACAUACCGUCGCUUCGUCCUCAACUGCUCAUUCCGUGGCAAAACUCAGCAUACACAUACAGGUGGCGCUUCACCACCUACAUUCUAUGAUCCCAGCCGGCGCAGCACACAACAAAAACAGCCCGUUUAUGUUCCGCAAAGGCCGGAGAGUGUGGCAAGUCUGCACGGGCAGCAACUGUAUCUGAAUGAUACCUAUCCUUUAACACUCAAUGAGUCGCCUAGUGAUACUGCUGAGCAGCAUCUUGCUCAUCCGCAGAGGCAGAGUUUAGAGUGA